UCCCUCCCUCCUUCUCUUUUACUGGGAGACAGUCAGAACUCUCCUCCCUGACAGCUACAAACCUACAGCACUGACUGCAUUCAGAGAGGGAACCUGCAAACAAAACUUCACAGAAAACUUUUUGUUCUUGUUCCAGAGAAUUGACUGAAGAGGAGAAAGAAAAAAAAAAAACCAAAAAAGGAAAAAAAAAAAAAAAUAAAAAAAAAACCUGUGCGUGAGUGGGGGGGAGGAAAAGCAGAGCCUUUAAAAAGGGCAAUCACAACAACUUUUGCUGCCAGGAUGCCCUUGCUUUGGCUACGAGGAUUUUUGUUGGCGAGUUGCUGGAUUAUAGUGAGGAGUUCCCCCACCCCGGGAUCCGAGGGGCACAGUGCAACCCCCGACUGCCCGUCCUGUGCGCUGGCCACCCUCCCAAAGGACGUACCCAACUCUCAGCCGGAGAUGGUGGAGGCCGUCAAGAAGCACAUUUUAAACAUGCUGCACUUGAAGAAGAGACCCGAUGUCACCCAGCCGGUACCCAAGGCGGCGCUUCUGAACGCGAUCAGAAAGCUUCAUGUGGGCAAAGUCGGGGAGAACGGGUACGUGGAGAUAGAGGAUGACAUCGGCAGAAGGGCAGAAAUGAAUGAACUUAUGGAGCAGACCUCGGAGAUCAUCACGUUCGCGGAGUCAGGCACAGCCAGGAAGACGCUGCACUUUGAGAUUUCCAAAGAAGGCAGUGACCUGUCCGUGGUGGAGCGUGCGGAAAUCUGGCUCUUCCUGAAAGUCCCCAAGGCCAACAGGACCCGGACCAAAGUCACCAUCCAUCUUUUUCAGCAGCAGAAGCGCCCGCAGGGCGGCUGGGACGCAGGGGAGGAGGCCGAGGAAGUGGGCUUAAUGGGGGAGAGGAAUGAAGUGUUGAUAUCAGAGAAGGUGGUGGAUGCUCGAAAGAGCACCUGGCACAUCUUCCCCGUCUCCAGCUGCAUCCAGCGGUUGCUGGACCAGGGCAAGAGCUCCCUGGACAUUCGGAUUGCCUGUGAUCAAUGCCACGAGACCGGCGCCAGCCUGGUGCUGCUGGGCAAGAAGAAGAAGAGAGAAGAGGAGGGGGAAGGGAAGAAAAGGGACGGAGAAGGAGGGGCGGGAGGGGACGAGGAGAAGGAACAGUCGCACAGACCUUUCCUCAUGCUGCAGGCCCGCCAGUCUGAAGACCACCCUCACCGGCGCCGGCGGCGGGGCUUGGAGUGUGACGGCAAGGUCAACAUCUGCUGUAAGAAACAGUUCUUUGUUAGUUUCAAGGACAUUGGCUGGAAUGACUGGAUCAUCGCUCCCUCUGGCUAUCACGCCAACUACUGCGAGGGUGAGUGCCCCAGCCACAUCGCAGGAACGUCGGGCUCAUCCCUGUCCUUUCACUCGACGGUCAUCAACCACUACCGCAUGCGGGGUCACAGCCCCUUUGCCAACCUCAAGUCGUGCUGUGUGCCCACCAAGCUGAGACCCAUGUCCAUGUUGUACUAUGAUGAUGGGCAGAACAUCAUCAAAAAGGACAUCCAGAACAUGAUUGUGGAGGAGUGUGGGUGCUCAUAGAGCACUCAGCCCAGGGGGGAAUGGGAGCAAGACGGUCCAGAGAAGACAGUGGUGACAUGAAGACAUGUUUAAGGUUUCCGACUGAAACAACCAGAAGAAUAGAAAUU